CACUGCCAUACUUGAUAGCAAAAUGGACGAGGAAUUGGCUAAGGUUCAGGCUGAAAUCGCGCUUCUUGAGCCGCAGAUCCAAGCGGCUGGGGAAUCUUUUUUCUCUGCCCUUCAGAGUGGCAAUCAAUGUCUGGCGGAAUAUUGGCGGAAUGAGGAAGAGCAGCUGCGGAAGGAGGAAGAACAGCUGCGGAAGGAGGAAGAACAGCUGCGGGAGGAAAAACUCCACCUCCUCAGAAGUAAUGUGCCCCAUGGAAUCCGCCGAUUUGGUGUACCAGCUGGUGUGGCGGCCCUUGUAAGGGCUACUGAUACUCCAGAUUCUAAAUUCUGGAUUCUAGAUAGUGAUGCACUGGGAGAUUAUCGCCAACCUUUCCUGCUAUGGAAACGAGAGGCGUAUGCGAGUCUAGAGUCCCAAAUCCAGGACCGGCUUGACAACUUCACUUCUUUCAUCGUCGUAGGUACUGGAGGGAUAGGGAAAACGUUCUUUGGCUACCACUGGAUGAUUAGGCUGGGCCAAAUGGGGCAUGAAAAGGUGUUAUACAAGGUUGGCAAGGUUGUUUACGUCCUGAAUUUUCGAAGGCGGUGUGCUGAAGGUGCUUAUCACGUGAAUGACACAAUUAUAUGCAAAAUGCUGGACGAUCGGUUGAUGUGGCUAGUGAUAGAUGAGAAGCAGAAGACGCCUUUACCUGGCAGAUGUCGAGUUCUUUUGGUUCCCUCAUCUAGGGAGAAAAACUAUGAUGAGUUUGGCAAGGGGGGGCUUUGUUGCAUGCUUUAUAUGUCGGUGUGGUCCAGGGAGGAGAUUGGGAAAUUCCUUGACGACUUUGAGCCUUACCGAGCUAGUUACGGAAGCAUGAAUGUGGUGGACAGAGAGAAAGCGCUUGACAACUUCGAUUAUUUGGGUGGAGUUCCUAGGUAUCUACUGCGUGCAACUAAGCUGGAUGAGAGGAAGGCCAGGGCCAAAGCUGCGGUUGGUUUGGAUCAAGUGCAUCCAAAGCGGCUACGGUUUUGUCAGGAGGGUAUGUGAAAAAAGUCAGCGACUGCAUUCUUGAUUCUUGAUGACAGAGCUUGGGAAUCAGUAUAAACAUUCAGCUGCUCUUGGGAGGGGCCUUUGUUA